CACCUGCGCCCGUCUCCCUCCGAGGCCUCCCCUCCCGCCAUGUGCACCGGCAAGUGCUCCCGCCUGGUGGGCCUCUGCCUGGUGACGGCCGGCCUGGCCUGCAUGGUGGCCAACAUCCUCCUGAUGUUCCCCAACAUGCAGCGGGACUGGACCCCACAGCACAUCACUACCCAAGUGUGGCUCAUGGGGGGCCUCGUCGGUGGGGGGCUGAUGGUCCUCUGCACCGGGUGCUCUGCCGUGAAGGCCGGAGGGAAAGGUUGCUGCGGAUACGGAUGCUGUGGGAACAGGUGUCGGAUGCUGCGCUCCGUCUUCUGCUCCAUCUUUGGGGGGCUGGGGGGCUUCUACUGCCUUGUGGUGUCGUCCACCGGCCUGGCCGACGGACCCUGGUGCGAGGUGAAGAAUGGGACGUGGGGGUCACCUUUCAAGGACCUCAGUGAGAGCUACCUGGGCAACCGGACGCUGUGGGAGGCGGCGUGCGUGAACCCCCCCAACGUGGUGCUGUGGCACGUGGUGCUCUUCUCCAUCCUGCUGGGCCUGGGGCUGCUGGAGGUGGCGCUGUGCGGACUUCAGGUGGUCAAUGGACUGGUGGGCACCGUGUGCGGGGACUGCCGCAAAGACGAGGACCGGGCGGGCGACGGGGGCCUUUGAGGGACCCAGCUGGGCUAGACUCCCCACCCGCAACGUGCACACUCCCUCCAAGCUCCCCCGCAGCCCCCACCCCCACCCCUCACCUCUACGGUUUUAAAAAGUCGGAAUAAACCAGCUCUCUCCCGGUUGUUGAGUCCGG